AUGGCUUCAAUCACUGAGGAAUCAAAGGAGCUGGACUCGGGCGCCCACCAGGUCGAGCUCGCCUUGGGCGAAGACAGCGUCAAUGGCCUUGACUCCAUAGAAGAAACCAAGCCAGGAACAUGGGUCUGGCUCAUCGCCCUGACCACUGCUAUCGGCGGUCUGCUGUUCGGUUACGACACGGGUGUGAUAUCCGGUGUCCUCGUCACCAUCGGAGAUGCGCUUGGCCACGAGCUUAGUGACUCUGAAAAAGAGCUCAUCACUGCUGUUACUUCAGGUGGUGCAUUCGUUGGAGCGGUCAUUGCUGGCUGCAUCGCCGACAAGUAUGGACGUAAGCCAUGCAUCUGGUUUGCCUCGGUACUCUUCACCAUUGGAGCUCUGGUGCAAGGCGUGUCGUACAACAUUGCCGCAAUGACUGCAGGCCGUGCCAUUAUUGGUCUCGGCGUCGGUUCCGCUGCCAUGAUAGUCCCACUGUACAUCAGCGAACUCGCGCCAACACGCUUCAGGGGCCGAAUGAUCACCAUCUCCGCCUUCUGCAUCACUGGCGGCCAGGUCCUCGCCUACGCAAUCGAUGCUGCAUUCGAGCAUGUUUCCCAUGGCUGGAGAUACAUGGUCGGACUCGGAGGGGUUCCAUCAAUCAUCCUCGGCAUUUUGCUCUUCUGGUGUCCAGAGUCCCCUCGUCAGCUAGUCUUCCAUAACAAGCCCGAAGAAUGCAAAGUCGUUCUUAGAAAGAUCUACCCCAGCGCGACUGAGCAGCAGGUCGACGACAAGGUGCGCCUUAUCCAGCACGGCGUCAGCCAGGCUGUCGCCUUGAACUCCGAGAUGUCCCUUUGGCAGACAUUCAAGACGCUGUACGGCGUCCCGGCGAAUCUGCGCGCGCUCGUUGUCGCCUGCGGUCUUAUGGCCAUCCAACAACUCUGCGGCUUCAACACUCUCAUGUACUACUCCGCGACGCUCUUUAGCAUCGUCGGCUUCAAGAACGCCAUCGCCGUCGGCUCUGUCGUUGCCGUCACGAACUGGAUUUUCACCGGCGUGGCGCUCAAGUACGUCGACCGCAUCGGCCGGCGCAACAUCCUCAUCUACACCAUGUGGGGCAUGUCCUUCUCGCUCGUCAUCGCCGCCGUCGCCUUCCACUGGAUCCCCAUCGACACCGAGACGUUGGAGCUACAGACUGAAGACGCCGGUUGGGCUGGCAUCGUCGUCCUCGUCGCCAUCAUCAUCUUCGUGGCCUCCUAUGCCACCGGCCUCGGCAAUGUUCCCUGGACCGCGAACGAGCUGCUGCCCAUGGAGGUGCGCGCACUGGGCACCAUGAUGAUCACGUGCACCAACUGGGGCCCGAACAUGAUCGUCAGCAGCACGUUCCUGCAGAUGAUGAAAGGGAUGACCCCUUCCGGCGCAUUUGGGUUCUAUGCGGCUAUCUGCUUCUUCGGUUGGAUCGCGGUCAUCCUUUGCUAUCCGGAAGUCGCGCAGAUGACGCUGGAGCAGACGCGGGCGGUGUUCGAGCAUGGCUUUGGAGUUAGGUAUGCGAAGGAAUGGCGCAAGCAGCACCAGGCCGAGCUGAAGGAGAGGAAGCAUGUCGCAAGCGGUUUCCAUGUAUAG